AUGGCUUGCUGCGGCCGAAGAAGCAGCAUGAAACUGGCGCGGUUUGAGUGGCGCAGGGCGACUGUGAGGAAGUCAUUCUGGGACCGGGGGGUUGUCCAUAGGGUGGCUGAGGAGUUGGAGCUGUUCCUCCUCUACGAGGCAAUUAGCCCACGUGUGUGGAGAGUGGGGGGGCGAGCUGCCAAGUCUGUCAACCCCUCCUUGCCAUCGAUUGCCAUGGCCAAGACGUGGAUUAGCUCAGCUGUGCAUCCUGGUCGCUCCGGCGCACGCGGAGGGAUGCCCAAGGGCCGCAAGUGCGACUCUUAA